AGCAGCAGAUGGGAGAUGUCUCUCUGUCUCUCUAUGUCCAGAUAAAACGAAAACAAGUGAAGAAGUUGUGUUCUCACUCUCCGUAUACCUCCGCCUUAGGAAGCCCCUCUGUGUAAUGGCCAGGAUGGCACAGCCUAAGGGAGUUGAUUGGACAGUCCUGGUCCUGACAUGCCAAUACAAGGACAGCGUCCAGGUCUUUCAGAAAGAGCUGGAGGUGCGGCAGAAGCGGCAGCAGAUCCCCGCUGCGACACUGGUACUGGCUGUGGAGGACCCCGAGACGCGUGUGGGCAGUGGAGGAGCCACACUCAAUGCCCUGCUGGUGGCUGCUGAACACCUGAGCGCCCGGGCAGGCUUCACGGUGGUCACGGCUGAUGUCCUGCACUUGGCCUGGAUCCUCAUCCUGCAUUUGGGCCGAGACUUUCCCUUCGAUGACUGUGGCCGGGCUUUCACCUGCCUCCCUCUGGAAAGCCCCCAGGCCCCUGAGGAGGCCUUGGUGUGCAACCUGGACUGCCUGCUGGACAUCAUGACCCACCGGCUGGGCCCAGGCUGCCCACCAGGUGUCUGGGUCUGCAGCACCGACAUGCUGCUGUCCAUUCCCGUAAACCCUGAAAUCAGCUGGGAUGGCUUCCGGGGAGCCAGAGUGAUUGCCUUUCCAGGGAGCCCGACCUACGCCAUGGAUCAUGGUGUGUACCUCACCGACUCCCAGGGCUUUGUGCUGGACAUUUACUACCAGGGCACUGAGGCAGAGAUACAGCGGUGUGUCAAGCCUGGUGGGCAUGUGCCCCUGGUUUCUGGCAUUGUCUUCUUCUCUGUGGAGACUGCGGAGCACCUCCUGGCCACUCAUGUGAGCCCGCCUCUGGAUGCCUGCACCUACAUGGGUCUGGACUCCGGAGCUCGGCCUGUCCAGCUGUCUCUGUUUUUUGACAUCUUGCUCUGCAUGGCUCGAAAUGUGAGCAGGGAGGACUUCCUGGUGGGACGGCCCCCGGAGAUGGGGCACGGUGACACAGCUGUGGCAGAUUACCUACAAAGUGCCAGGGCCCAGUUGUGGCGGGAGCUUCGAGAUCAGCCCCUCACCAUGGCCUACAUCCCUGAAGGCAGCUACAGCUACAUGACCUCAAACAGUGACUUCCUGCUGAACUUUACACUGCCCAGGGGCCCUGGGGCCAAGAUUGUCCACUCCCAGGUGGAGGAGCCAGAGCUCCUAGAGCCGGGGAGUUGUGUGGUCAGUUGCCUGCUGGAGGGGCCCAUCCACUUGGGGUCUGGGAGCGUCCUGCAGCACUGUCAUCUUCAGGGCCCCAUGCACAUCGGUUCUGGCUGCCUUGUGAGUGGGCUGGAUGUAGCUCAGUCUGAGGCCCUGCGUGGCCUGGAGCUGCAGGACCUCAUUCUGCAGGGACACCACACUCGGUUGCACGGCUGCCCAAGCCAAACCUUCACGCUCGUUGGCCGUCUGGACAGUUGGGAGAGACAGGGCCCAGGCACAUAUCUCAACAUGUCCUGGAGUGACUUCUUCCAGAAGACAGGCAUACGAGAAUGGGAUCUGUGGGACCCAGACACACCUCCUGCACAGCGUGGCCUGCCCAGUGCUCGCCUCUUUCCUGUGCUCCACCCUUCGAGGACCCUGGGUCCCCAGGACAUGCUGUGGAUGCUGGACCCUAAGGAGCAUGGUGGGGAGGCCCUGAGGACCUGGCGAGCCUCCUGGCGCUUGUCCUGGGAGCAGCUACAGCCGUGCUUGGACCGCGCGGCCACACUGGCGUCCCGUCGGGACCUGUUCUUCCGCCAGUCCUUGAGCAAGGCACAGCGCGUGCUGGAGGCCCGUCAGGACCUCAGCCUGCGCCCGCUGAUCCGGGCUGCUGUUCGUGAGGGCUGCCCUGGGCCCCUGCUGGCUAAGCUGGACCAGGUUGCAGCUGGAGCGAGAGACCCUGGAGUGGCAGCACGAGCACUGGCCUGUGUGGCAGAUGUUCUGGGCUGUAUGGCAGAGGGCCAGGGAGGCCUGCGGAGUGGGCCGGCGGCCAACCCUGAAUGGACACAGUCCUUCUUAUACCUGGAGAGCAGAGACCUGGCGAAGGGCGUGGAGGCACUUGCUCAGGAGAGGGACAAGUGGCUGAGCAGGCCAGCCUUGCUGGUGAGAGCUGCCCGGCACUAUGAGGGUGCUGGGCAGAUCCUGAUCCGCCAGGCUGUGCUGACAGCCCAGCAGUUUGUCUCCAAAGAGCCAGUGGAGCUGCCAGCCCCUGGGCAGUGGGUGGUGGCUGACUGCCCAGCUCGGGUGGAUUUCUCUGGGGGCUGGAGUGACACGCCACCGCUUGCCUAUGAGCUUGGUGGGGCAGUGCUGGGCUUGGCUGUGCGAGUGGAUGGCCGCCGGCCCAUCGGGGCCAGGGCACGCCGCAUCCUGGAGCCCGAGCUGUGUUUGGCAGUGGGGCCUCAGCAGGACGAGAUGGCCAUGAAAAUUGUAUGCCGGAGCCUGGACGACCUGCAGGACUAUUGCCAGCCCCAUGCCCCAGGGGCCCUGCUGAAGGCAGCCUUCAUCUGUGCUGGCAUAGUGGAUGUCCACUCCAAGCUCUCGCUGAGUGAGCAGCUGCUACGUACCUUUGGGGGUGGCUUUGAGUUACACACCUGGUCUGAGCUGCCCCACGGCUCCGGUCUUGGUACCAGCAGCAUCCUGGCAGGUGCUGCCCUGGCUGCCUUGCAGCGGGCUGCCGGCCAAGCAGUGGGCACAGAGGCUUUGAUCCACGCAGUACUGCAUCUGGAGCAGGUGCUCACGACAGGAGGUGGCUGGCAGGACCAGGUGGGUGGCCUGAUGCCUGGCAUCAAGGUGGGGCGCUCCAAGGCCCAGCUACCCCUUAAAGUGGAAGUGGAAGAGAUCGCCGUGCCCAAGGGUUUUAUCCAGAAGCUCAAUGACCACUUGCUCCUGGUGUACACUGGCAAGACCCGCCUGGCUCGCAAUCUGCUGCAGGACGUGCUGAGGAGCUGGUAUGCCCGGCUGCCUGCCGUGGUGCAGAAUGCCCACAGUUUGGUGCGGCAAACUGAAGAGUGUGCUGAAGCCUUCCGCCAAGGAAUGCUUCCUUUGCUGGGCCAGUACCUGACCUCGUACUGGGAACAGAAGAAGCGUAUGGCUCCAGGUUGUGAGCCUCUGGCUGUGCGGCGGAUGAUGGAUGUGCUGGCUCCCUAUGUUCACGGCCAGAGUCUGGCAGGAGCAGGUGGUGGAGGCUUUCUUUAUCUACUGACCAAGGAGCCCCAGCAAAAGGAGGUUGUGGAGGCUGUGCUGGCCAAGACUGAGGGCCUCGGGAACUUCAGUGUCCACCUGGUGGAAGUGGAUAGUCAAGGCCUGAGACUGACGCUGCCAAGGAGUGAGGCCUCCCUCUGACGCCUCCCAUCAGGCUGAACUCUGCAGGAAACAAACACCUCAAGUACAGUGGACCUUCCUUUCCUUCCUCCAAAGAACUGUCAGCUUCCUCCUACACACCCACCUCUGCCCAUCUGCUCCUAGAGAACGUAGACUUGAGCAAGACGAGGGCAAGCUGAAGCAGUGCUUGGGAACAGGAUUGUACCUCCUGGCUCACAGUGGCCAAAGCUUGGCCUCUGCUGCAUCUGGACCAAGGAUAUCUCCAAGUGCUGUGUCUCAAGAGGCCUUACAAAUCCCAUGGCCCAGUGUGGGCCCCAGCCUUUUCAUUCUGGAAGAAGCCUUGGCAGAAGGCUAGGUUCCUUGGUAAGGGACCCAGAGAGCUCCUCAGUGGCCUUCCUUAAACUUAGGAGACCUCAUGCCUCAGCCUUUACUCCUCAUUGCUUGUGGGGGAGUGGAAUCCAGUCCAAGUCUGUGGCAGCCAGUCAUUGUGGUGCUGCACUAAGUCUCUGUCCACCCAAUCCUUAACCAGCAAUGCCACAGACUGCCAAGUGACCCAGUGCCUGUGGGUAGUGGGUUUUCAGGACUCGCAUUCUUGGAAUAAAUUCUACUAGGUCCUUCAA